GCUGUGGGGGCCCCGGGCGGAAGGCGCGGAGCAGGCGGUUCUGUGCGCCGCGGCUGUGCGCUCCGGGAGGCUCCCGCGGAGAAGGGCCGGGCCCAGGCUGCGCGUUGGGAAAUAGGGGAAUCCACUGUUUUCCGGGGAUUUUCCCGCUUCUGGUUGGGAGGAGGCGUGUCUGCCGCCCCCGGGGCCGAUCGCCGGCCGCGCAGACGCUGGGAGCCGCCGCCGCGCGGGGGGAGGGAGGCGCUCCCGGAACACAGCGCGCUCCCAGGGUCCCGCCGACCCGCGCCCGCGCCCGCGAACAGGACCGUCGCCCCGAGCCGAGUCCGCUCCACGGCGGGUGCUGCCGCCGCCAUGUCCAGUUUCGAAGACGCAGACACGGAAGAGACAGUGACGAGUCUGCGGAUCACCAUUUACCAUCCUGGCCAGAUGCAAAAUGGGAUAUUCCAGUCGAUAAGGUUCUAUAACCCAGAGAAGCUCCCGUCCAGCGAAGUGGUGAAAUUUGGCCGAAAUUCCACCAUCUGUCGCUACACUUUUCAGGACAAGCAGGUUUCGCGAGUCCAGUUCUCCCUGCAGCUGUUUAAAAAGUUCGACAGCUCCGUGCUCUCUUUUGAGAUUAAGAACAUGAGCAGGAAGACCAGCCUGCUGGUGGACAGCACGGAGCUGGGCUACCUGAACAAAGCGGAGCUGCCCUACAGGUGCAUGGUCCGCUUUGGCGAGUACCAGCUCCUGGUGGAGAAGGAAGACGGGGAGUCCCUGGAGUUUUUCGAGACUCUGUUCGUUAUGUCCCCCAGGCCUCUCCUGCAGGAACACGACUGGCCCGCACGCAAGCCCACCCCCGAGUUCUGCAGGUCCUCGUCCUGGUGCACCCAGAGCACUUCCCUGAGUGCUUCUCCCAGGGAAAUGGAUGAGAAUGAGUAUUAGGCACAGGCAAGAGCAGAGGCGGACGGAGCGCUCUGCGGGCGCCACUGACUGCGUUUACCUGCAGCCCGGCUGUCGCCUGCUGAUGCCGUGGAGUCGGACCCAGGGCUGCCGUUCCACAGCCUGUAAUUCGUGGGCGGCACCGACUCGGUUGCCUGGUGCAUGGCUGGACGUGCUGAGGGUUCGUGCACAUGGCGUGUGGUGAUGGAGUGAUGACCAAUAAAUGGGUUGUAGGGUUUUCUGUUUACACCUGAUGUUAGUCCUGUGCUUUGUUUUGUAAGAACCACCUCUAGGUCACAUCAUUUCACAGUAGCCACUGGUUUUAAGGCCACGGCUACAGGCAGAUGGUUGCCUGCUGGUUGUCAGGCACCGGCCUGGAGGGGAGCGUGUGUUAGUGUCUGCGCAUCGCUGUGGCUUUAAUGUGGGAGCUUAUCUGAGCUAAUACCUUGACUUCCGACCGAUGGGAUUAUAGUAUGUGUCUGUUCUCAAGAAUAAAGCUCUUGUCUGUAAUCAGCACCUAAAAACAGCACUUAAAACAUUUUAUUGAACCACUGUGCUAGAUGCAGACGUAUGUUUCAGUUUUCUUACCCAAUUUUAAACUGAUCUUUAUGUCCUAGUAAAAUGUUUAAUUCCACGAAUUCCUAAUGUCAACAGCACCUACGCACCUAAUAAAACCUGUUUAAUUCUCGAA